AUGGUGAAUGCUGAUUUGGUCGAUCCUGUAAAAGGUCAAAUUUUGUUCCCGACAAGACACAAGCUUCUUCUCCGAGGGAUCAAAAGAGGGCAAUCUCGUCCUCCUCCGGAAGUUUCUUGUUCUUCUUCUUCGCAGCAGCCAUGGUACUCUCCUUCUCUAGUCAGCUUGCCAAGCUCUUCAUCACGGCCUCAAACAUCUGCACAUGUUUCACCAGAUGAAGCAGCUGGCAUUAUUAUCUUCUUGAAAGACAAAAGAGAGACAAAGGCUUAUGCUUCUCAUCAGAAAACCAUUGAUCUUGUUAAGGAAUACAACUCUCUCUUUCUCGACAAAGCCGAUGCUAUCAUGUUGGAUACAAAGAUCACGAAGUUCUCUAUCGGUUACGUUCCUUACCACUUGCCAGCUCAUCAGAAUGGAGGCGUAGAGCUGAUCAACAAAUGGAACGCAGCUUGCACGUUCCCUACUGAACAAUAG